GGAGAAAUGGGUCCCAUGAGGCAAGUGUGACCCUGGAGUGCGGACUGCCAGCCUGACGCCCAGUCAGGGAGGGAGACCAUCAUGGAUGGCAUAAUUGAACAGAAGAGCAUGCUGGUGCACAGUAAAAUCAGCGAUGCUGGCAAGAGGAAUGGCUUAAUUAACACAAGAAACUUCAUGGCCGAGAGCAGAGAUGGCCUGGUGUCCGUUUACCCAGCACCACAGUACCAGAGCUGUCGGGUAGUGGGUAGCACAGCUCCAGCCAGCCUGGAUAGCAGCAGGAAUGAGCCAGUCCAGCAACUGCUGGACCCCAACACACUUCAACAGUCUGUGGAGUCCCAUUUCCGACCCAACAUUAUCCUCUACUCAGAGGGCGUGCUGCGUUCUUGGGGGGACAGCGUGGCUGCCGACUGUUGCGAGACUACCUUCAUUGAGGACCGGUCACCCACCAAAGAGAGUCUGGAGUACCCUGAUGGGAAGUUCAUUGACCUCUCGGCUGAUGACAUCAAGAUCCACACCCUCUCAUACGAUGUGGAGGAGGAGGAGGAAUUCCAGGAGCUAGAGAGCGACUACUCAAGUGACACAGAGAGUGAGGACAACUUCCUCAUGAUGCCCCCAAGGGACCACUUGGGCCUCAGCGUCUUCUCCAUGCUCUGCUGCUUCUGGCCUUUAGGCAUCGCGGCCUUCUACUUGUCCCAUGAGACAAACAAAGCCGUGGCCAAGGGGGACUUCCACCAGGCCAGCACCAGCUCCCGACGGGCCCUGUUCCUGGCUGUGCUGUCCAUCACGAUCGGAACUGGCAUCUACGUGGGCGUGGCUGUGGCCCUCAUCGCCUACCUCUCCAAGAACAACCACCUAUGA